AUGUCAAGCGUGGACACUUUGCAGUUGCCAAAUUCGGAUUCCCUUCCCGUCGAAGAAGCUAAUGAAAAGCUUGGUUCAGCUGGAUUCAAUAAUGUGGCCACGCGUCUGAGUGAGAAAGUGCACAAAACUUUUGAUUCAGAUACAGACAGUGAAUCCUCAACCGAUGAUGAAGACCGAGAUACUAGUGAUGAUGACCGGCGGAUGGCAAACAAUCCGGUUUUGAAGGAGCGCUUACGACAAUUGGACAAGUAUGCGUCGAAUAUGCGCUAUGCACAGUUAUCACCUGGUCGACUUCCUGAUGCUGGCCUUCCUAGUCUUUUUAGCGGCAGUUCUGCUGUAGGGAAAAGCCCUUAUCUCGUUGGGGAUAUUCACCCAAGUUCUGGUGCUAUUCUUGGAUGUGGAAAGAAUAGUGGGCCAUCCGACGUCGCCGAAAGUAAUUCUACACCUUCAGAAUGCCGUUCUCAACAACACUCAAUAAUGGAAUCUCCAAUUCCUUGUUCUGAACCGACUUCCAGAUAUACUUUUUCUCCUCCAUAUGGAUCUCUUAUGAAUGUUGGGGUUAAUGUUAGCAAUCCUGGAUGUGAAGCCACACUGCCACAGAAUCGAACAGCUCAUGGACUUAUUCAUACCGCGCCUAACCCCUUGGUUGGAAUAAGUAAAAAUACCCUUACUCACGCAAGUGCUUCAUUAGGAUACCGAUCUGCUUCAAUAAAUGAUAACCCCGACAGCACAUCUUUGAGCUUCAGAAAAAUUGGUAGCAUUGAAUCUCGAGAAGAUGAUUCCACUAAUGAGGAUAUAGACGUAGAAGAUGACGAAGCCGAUCCUAUGGAUAUGGAAAUAGAUGGUAAAGAAUACACAUGCGAACUUUGCAACGCAAUUUAUACUAAUAGAUCUUCACUCAGAAGUCACAUGAAAAAGCAUGCAGGGCAGAUUGUUAAACGUCAUCAAUGUGACAAGUGUCCGUAUUCUACACAAUAUGGUAAAAAUCUACUCAAACAUAUGGAAUCAAUGCAUACGGACAGUGGAGAACGGCAUUAUCGAUGUGAGAUUUGUAGCAAGUUGUUUUUCACCAGUGAGGAACUUCAAGAUCACGAGAGGUUGCAUACACCUAGCAACACUUAUCGUUGCGAUGAAUGUGGUCGAGCAUUCAAAACCAAACUUCGUCUUAAGUACCACUCUGAUGUACAUAAUCCGCGAAAACCAUAUAUAUGUGAUGUAGAUGGUUGUGACAGGGCAUUCAGAACUCCGAAAUAUCUUAAAAACCAUCGUGACGAAUUUCAUGGAAUGCAACCUAAACAAUAUAAUUGUCCAGUUGAUGGCUGCUCCUUAGUCUUCCAUCGAAAAACUCAUUUGAAACGCCACAUUGAUACUCAUGAAGGUUAG